AUGGACCUCAAGAGCCCUGCCACCGUUUCAGAGAUGUCUUGCCGUGUGACGCGGUCCAUGUCUAGACGGGAAUCCGAAAAGAGCACCAGAUCCCCGGCCGAUGUUACAGUAGCAAAACGCAAGGCGGGUACUCGAAGGCUACCAGCAGGCCGAGUACUUCCAGCCCCUCGCACAGCACCUAUCCAGAAUGAACACUUUGGACUUGUACAAGAAAGUGUCGGCACAGACUUGUACAAGUUACUCGUUGCCGCCGUGCUCUGGAACCGUACUCGGGGUGUCCAGGCACGCCCGGUUUUCCUGAAGCUGACAUCCAACUACCCGUCGCCCGAGGACUUGGCCGAAGCAUCCAUUUCGCACCUUUCAGACCUCCUUCAUCCCCUAGGUCUGCAUAACUCUCGGGCCAGGCGACUUGUGGCGUUCGCCAAGGCAUGGGUGCAGAAUCCACCAUCAAAAUCAAGGCGUUACCGGAAGCUACACUACCCCUUUCGCGGGGAUGGCCUUGACAUCGGCAAGAAUCAGGUCUUGGCAGAAGAUGACGAGCGAGAGGGAUGGGAAGUCGCGCAUUUGCCUUCACUGGGCCCUUAUGCUCUCGACAGUUUUCGAAUCUUCCAUCGGGACAUACUCAGAGGCUUAGCCGAAGACUGGAAUGGCAAGGGGGCGGGGCCAGGGUUUGAGCCUGAGUGGAAAAGGGUGGCGCCUAUGGAUAAGGAUCUGCGGGCGUACAUACGUUGGAGGUGGCUGAAAGAAGGCUGGGUAUGGGACGCAGAGACCGGCACAAAAGUCCGGGCGUCCAAGAAGUGA